AUGCAGCGCUUCGCAGAUCUGCCGCCAGAGCUCGUGGCGCGCAUCAUCGAGCUGUCGGCGAGCCCGUUAGACCCAGCCGACCCGCUCGAGGCGCGACGCGGCCGUCGUCUCCUCGACUCGUUGUCGCUCGUUCACUCGACGUGGACCCCGGUCGCCCAGCGCCUCUUGCUCGCGCAGGACCGGGUCAGCCUGUACCACCGCCGUGAGUACGACCCGUUCGCCAAACUCGCCCGCCACCCGCUCGCAAAGCUCCCUCGCCUCGUCAAGCGCCUCGACCUCGAGCUGUGGGGCGACGACCAGGACGACGACCUCGCAGCCGUCCUGCGCGAGUGCGACAGCCUCGACGAGCUUGUCCUCACCUACGUCGAGCGCGUCCACCUCGAUCAAGUCGCCGUCGGAUCCAACCUCGCAGCGCUGUCCUUUCGGCAGUGCACCCUCGUCUCGACCUUCUACCCGCUCCUCGAGCCGCCGCCAGACCUCCCUCUCCCUCCCCCACCCUCGUUCGCCGCCCUCACCUCGCUCGACCUCCGCCUGUGCUCCCUCCGCCGCGACUUUCUCCCCUUCUCCGCCCACCCCGACUGCCGACCCCUCCCCCACCUCCAACACCUUCUCCUACACACCGGCUCGCACGACCAGUCGCCCUCGUCCAUCCGCGCCUUCGUCCGCUCCGUCGCCGCAGGGCUCCGCAGCCUGUCGCUCGACGCGACGGCCGAGGACAUCCUCUUCCCGCGCAACGACGAGCGCGACUCGUCGGCACCACCCGGGCCCGCCUUCCCGUCGCUGCGCACCGCCGGCCUGUACUGGGACGCCGCGUGGUCGCGUCUCGUCGGCACGCACUUCGUCCUCGGCGCCGGCGAGGGUGAGGGCGUGGGCGAGGGCGCGAGAGCUCGAGCACCGCCGCCGCCCUACUUGCACAUCGCCCUGUACCCGGCAGGUCUCGACGCCUUGCGCGCGACGCUCCUCUCGCUGUUCGAGAGCGCCGAGCUGCGCGCCGGCAUGCGGUGGCGCGCCGUCGAGCAUGUGCGGGCCGAGGGGACCUUGCGGGACCUCGACGGUCACGACGAGCAGGACGAUGACGAGCGAGAGGAGCAGGUCCAGAGCGAGGACGACGAGGAGGAGGACGAGCUCGACGUCGGGGCGAGCGAGCGCGCGACCGCCACCGGGCGCCCGACCGCGGCGCUUCUCGACGCGGCCAAGGACGCCGGCGUCGACUUCCUCAUCGAGCAGCCGUCGUCGUGCAGCGACGACCCGGGCGCCGUCGAGAUCCAGCGCGCGACCUUUGCGCGUGGGUUCGGCACGAGCUGGUGGCGGACAUGGGGUGGGCAGGCGACGUUCGGCGGUCGCGGCGGCGCAACAACUCGGGCGGCGUUGCUCGCAAACGGCUCGACGGCAGCUUCACGUGCUCGACCGUCCGCUCGUCAUGGCGCCGUCGGUACCGAGGCCUACGCCUGUACGACAUGGAUCCGGGCCGAGGCGGUCAAGCUGUGGGUCGGUGCGGCAUAAUCGGAGGCAGGAAGGCUGGUUUGGCGCCGUUCGCCCGACUGCGAGCAGCGACUGUAUGCUACUUGCAACGACGACGCGGCCUCUUUCUCUCUU